AUGGCGUCUGUCUCACCUGCCCCCAAGAUCCUCCUCACAGGAGCGACAGGCUACAUCGGCGGCACGAUCCUCACAAAUCUACUAAACUCCUCUCACCCAACUCUGGAGAAAGCCACCUUCACCUGCCUUAUCCGCGGCUCGCUGGAGCGCGGCACCCUCCUAUCGUCCACCUACGGCGCCCGCGUGCAGCCCAUCGCCUACACAGAUCUGAACGACCUCGAGCUCACCACACAGGUCGCGUCAGAGCACGACAUUGUCAUCAAUGCAGGGAUAGGCUACCACGCCGCCUCGGCACAGGCUCUGCUCCACGGCCUCGCGCAGCGCAAAGCCGCGGCGGGACGCGAUGUGUGGAUGAUUCACACAUCGGGAACCUCCAACCUCGGAGAGCAGGCCAUCUCAAAAAGGUGGGUGGAGGAGGAUGACCCAGACAGAGAGUUUGAUGAUGAACGGGACGAUGUCUAUGGGUACGAGAAGAGCCGGGAGGAAGUGCACUCGUAUAUCCAGCGGAGCACCGAGCUGAGCGUUGUGGACCAGGGACGGGCGCUUGGUGUCGAGACGGUGGUCGUGAUGCCGCCUCUCAUAUAUGGAUUUGGCACAGGGCUGUUCAACAAGAAGAGCGUCCAGAUCCCUUCGUACGUCCGGAGUGUUCUGGAAUAUGGGCGCGCGGUGGUUUUGGGAGACGGCACAGGUGUCAGGGAUUUCCUGCAUGUGGAGGAUCUUGCUGCACUGUACCGGAUCGUCGUCUUGGACAUAUUGGAGAAGAAAGGGAUGAGUCUGCCCAGGGCGGAGAAGGCAAUCAUUUUCAGUGCAGGUGGACGCUUCAGCUGGAUGGACAUUGCACAAUGCGUCGCAGACGUGUGUCUCAAGGAGGGCAGAAUCAAGGACCGCCAAGUCAGAAGUAUCGGCCUGGAAGAAGGGGUCAAGAUUUUCUCCUCCUAUUUGGAGGAGGUUGACGAGGACAUGUUAGAGCUGGGACUCUCGGGCAACUCGCGAACAGUUUCAAGCGUGGCGAAGAGAUUGGGGUGGAAACCCACGCGGACACAAGACGACUGGCAGAAGGGCCUGGUAGAGGACAUACGAGCCACUUUACGUGUUCAAUAAGCUAGGAUCGUUAGAUGUCAGUUCAGGAUCAAACAUACAUCAAAUCUAGGUAGAGAGAUUUCGAAGAAGAAG